AGAUUCUGGUUAUUCAUACAUUAUACAAAAUAUACAUUUGUUUUUCCAGUCCAGAAAUGAAACAUAUACAAAAGUAUCAUCAUCUACUUUGAACUUUUAAUAUAAAUGUCUAGCUAUGAAUUUCUCCAGCAAGAUAUUAUACGAGACAUACUUCUCCGGCUUCCAGUUGAAUCACUAGCCCAAUGCAAGUGUGUGUCAAAGCCAUGGCGAGAGAUAAUCUGCGACCCUCACUUUGUCAAAACAUACCUUAAACAAGGAUUCCACGACCACAAACUCAUCCUCACAUCUCCCCCAAACUCCCUUUACUCCAUCAAUUUAUCAAAACAGCCUCUCAGUAACAUUGAAGAUGAGGUCCCAAUAAAACUCAACUUUGAGCACCCCAACCAUUGGCUCCAAGUUCUGAGUUCAUGUAAUGGAUUGCUUUUACUUGUCUACGACGACAACACAUUAGUCUUGCUGAAUCCAACAACUCUAGAAUUCAAGAAAUUGCCAGAUAAAUCCUCAGGUUGGUCAAAAUGCCGCACAAUUUAUGGCAUUGGCUUCGACUCAUCCACGAAUGAUUACAAGAUAGUCACAAUUACAUUCCCUGAUAUUGAAAUGGUAGAAAACCAUGAUUCUGAAAACUGCCCUGAAAUGUUAGUCCAGGUAUACACAAUCAGACAAAACUGCUGGAAACAGAUUCAAAACUCUCCCUUCAACCACUCGGAUACCUGGCCUUGUUCCGGGGUUUUCCUAAAUGGUUCAGUUCACUGGCUUGCCACAAUCACCUGGAACUACAAGUGGAUCAUUGCAGCAUUCGACAUAGUUACAGAAAAGUUCAGGGAAGUCCCCCUUCCAGAUAUUUAUGCAGACGAAGAAGGCCAAAUCGACACAGCCCGGCUCACAGUGCUUGGAAAAUGCCUCUCUUUGUGCUUAUAUGUGUACCAUCUGACUGUUGAUGGAAACCAAACAUACACAUGGGAUAUCUGGAUGAUGAAGGAGUACGGCGUGACGAGUUCUUGGACUAGAGUGAUCAUCAAUGAGCCUGAUAACAUGUUCUACACACUAGGGCCAGUGUGCAUGCUAGGAGAACAUGAAAUUCUGAUGGAGAGUAAUGGGAGAAGACUGGUGAUGUAUAAUAUAGAAAACAAGAGUUUCAAUGAUAUAGUUAUCUGUGGGCUUCCUGACAUAUUUAGAGACCAUGUAGUAUGUCCUGAGAGCCUUGUCUCACCUCAUUGCAACAGAUGGAACUGAGCUUCCAUUAUAUUUUAUGUAUAUGUAAAUUUAUCUUGCAAUCUUGACUUCAA